AUGGAUCCUAACCAAAUGAACAUUCCCCCGAUGAAAGAUCUCACUAUCGACAAUAUUACCGAAAAUACCGUUAGGAUAAACUCUCAAGGACAAGAUGAACGUCUCACAUAUGUUAUGGAAAGACUCGUUACCCAUCUUCAUGAUUUUGCCAGAGAAACACGAUUAAGUACCAAAGAAUGGAUGGCUGCAUUGGAUUUCUUGGUGAGGGUGGGACAGAUAUCGAGUGACGUGAGACAUGAAUUCAUCCUCCUAUCAGAUAUCCUCGGGCUCUCCCUCUUAGUCGACGCAAUUGACCAUCCCAAACCCCCCGCUUCAACCGAAGGAUCCGUUCUCGGACCCUUCCACACCCACGAUGCCGAAAUCAUGGCAUCCGGAGACAAAAUGUCCCAUGACCCCAAAGGAGACCCAUGCAUCGUUCUCUGCACCAUAAAAGACGUUUCCGGAAACCCCAUCCCAGGUGUCAAGAUCGAUAUAUGGGAGACCGAUUCCACUGGUCAUUAUGAUGUACAACAUGACAUUCGAGAUGGACCUGAUGGGAGAUGUAUCAUGAAGAGUGAUUCCAAUGGAGACUUUUGGUUCAAGGCCAUUGUACCUGUUCCCUAUCCGAUUCCGCACGACGGGCCUGUGGGUCAGCUUUUGAAAUUGUUAAAGAGACAUCCUUGGAGACCGGCGCAUAUGCAUUUUAUGUUUCAGAAAUCUGGUUGGGAUCAUCUAAUUACUGCACUAUAUCUUCGUGGCGACCCAUACGAGUCUUCCGAUGCAGUAUUCGGGGUUAAACAAUCACUCAUCGUAGAUUUCGAACCCGCAACCGCUGAUAUUGCAAUGAAGUACUCGGUGGCUGAGGGUUCAAAAGUGUUGAAACAUAAUUUUGUUUUGGUGAGUGAGAAGGAGAGUGAAGAGCUGAGAGAUAAGAAUGCGUUGAAAGCUCUGAAGGCACUAGGGAUGAAAGUCAAGUUGUUGGAUCAUUUACCUGUGCCGGAUCUUGAUUGA